AUGGGUGGUGUCUUCUCUUUCUCGGUGCCAUGUGAUCAAUUCACGAAAUGUUUAGGUGUCAAAGCGAGCUACAUCCACAACCUCGAGGAGAAUCUCACAGCUUUGGAGACAGCCAUGGGAGAGCUGAAGGCGAGGCGAGAUGAUUUGUCAAGAAAGGUGGAGAGAGAGGAGAUGAAGGGGCUACGAAAGCUUUCCCAAGUCCAUGUAUGGCUUGAUAAUGUUGAGACCAUUGAAAGCAAAGUCAAUGCUUUGUUCAAUGUUAGAACAACUGAGCUCCAAAGGCUGUGUCUUUGCGGGUUUUGCUCCAAAAGUUUAAAGUUGAGUUAUCGUUAUGGGAAACGGGUUUACUCAACGUUGGAGGAAGUACAAAAACUCAAGUCAAUUGGGGUUUUUGAAGUGGUUGCUGAGAAACCUCAAGCCUCUGAAGUGGUGGAGAGGCCUAUUCAACCAACAAUAGUUGGUCGGGAAACAAUUCUUGAAACCGCAUGGAACCGUCUUAUGAAAGAUGGAGUUGGUGUCAUGGGUUUGCACGGUAUGGGUGGAGUAGGAAAAACUACACUUCUCGAGCAGAUCAAUAACAGAAUUAAUGAAAAAGAAAAAGCUUUUGACGUUGUGAUAUUUGUUGUGGUAUCUAAAGAUCUUCAGAUCCAGAAGGACCAGAAGAUUCAAGAAAAGGUUGCAAAGAAACUAGGCCUGGCUGGAGAAGAAUGGAACCAGAAAGAUGAAGACCAAAAGGCAUGUGACAUACACAAUGCUCUGAAGAAGAAGAGGUUUGUGCUGUUGCUAGAUGACAUAUGGGCUAAAGUAGAACUGGCUAGGAUCGGAGUGCCUUUCCCAAGUAGAGAAAACGGAUGUAAAGUAGUUUUCACCACUCGUUCUAAAGAAGUGUGUGGGAGCAUGGGAGUUGAUGAUGAGAUGGAGGUCCAGUGCUUGUCACAUCAAGAUGCAUUGGAUUUGUUCAAAAAGAAAGUUGGAGAGAUCACGUUAAGAAGUGAUCCAAAGAUACCGAAGCUUGCAGAGGCGGUUGCUAAAAAAUGCCAUGGUCUACCACUAGCACUUAACGUCAUUGGUGAAGCCAUGGCAAGCAAACGUACGGUUCAAGAAUGGCGGUACGCAUAUAAUGCUCUGACUUCAUAUGCUGCUCAGUUUUCCGGCAUGGAGGAUAGGAUUCUUCCGAUUUUGAAGUACAGCUACGAUAAUCUUAAGGGAGAGCAGGUCAGGUCGUGUUUCCUAUAUUGCGCUUUGUUCCCGGAAGAUGAUAGAAUCCCUAAGGAUAAACUGAUAGAGUAUUGGAUAGGCGAAGGGAUUAUAGAUGCACGUGAAGGUAUAGAAAGAGCAGAGGACAAGGGUUACGAGAUAAUUGGUAGUCUUGUUCGUGCAUCAUUGCUGAUGGAGGUUGAAGGGGCUGCCAUAAGUUACGUGAGUCUGCAUGAUGUUGUUCGUGACAUGGCUCUAUGGAUCGCAUCUGAUUUGGGAGGAGAGAAGGAUGCUGUCGUUGUGCAUGCAAGUGUAGGGUUAAGUGAUAUCCCAAAGAUUGAGAAUUGGAGCCUCGUGAAAAGGAUGUCACUAAUGAAUAACAGGAUUCACCAUCUCGAUGGCAGUCCUGAAUGUCUCAAACUCACAACGUUGCUGGUGCAAAACAACUUUCUGGAAAUGAUUUCGAGUGAUUUCUCCAAGUCCAUGCCAAAUCUACUUGUUUUGGAUCUAUCCGGAAACAGAUAUCUCUAUGCAUUGCCUGACAGCAUAUUGGAACUAGGUAACUUGCAAUAUCUCAACUUGUCUGAAACUGCUAUACCUAAUUUGCCUAGGGCUCUGCUUGAGCUGAAAAAACUAUUUCACUUGGAUUUGUGGGAGACACGUAACCUUUCGAGUAUUGAUGGGAUAUCAAACCUGCAUAAUUUGAAAGUUUUGAAACUAUACUACUCUGGUUCAUGGCGUCCCGGCACAGUGGAGGAGCUGGAAACUUUGGAGCAUUUACAAGUUUUAAUCAUGGGAUUCGAAUUUGUUUCUCCUGAAACUUUGGAGCAGUUUUUGAGCUCUCGUAGGUUGACGAGCUGUACACGAUCUAUAAUGAUCAAAGGUAUGGAGCAAAGUGAAGCAUCUGAUAUAACACUUCCGGUAACUAUGAAAAAGCUUCGUUAUUUCAGUAUUUGUGGCUGCAAAAUCUCUGAGAUAAAGAUGGUAAAGAUAAGCAACAAAAGCAAGAUGAUUUCUCCUCUACACAAUCCGAGGAACAUAAGGUUCUCCAGCCUCUCCGAGGUGUUUAUAAAGGAUUGCGAACGCCUGAGAGAAUUGACUUGGCUAAUGUUCGCUCCAAAUCUUAGAAGUCUUCAUGUUAGAGGUGCAAAUGAACUAGAAGAUAUUAUAAACAAAGAGAAAGCUUCCAAAGAGGAUGUUCCCUUUCCAAACCUGAUUUCUAUGAUUUUGGAAAAUCUGCCGAUGCUGAAGAAUAUCUAUUGGAGACCUCUACCCUUUCCAUGUCUAAAGAAAAUCUAUGUAGAGAGGUGUCCAAAUCUGAAAAAGCUUCCACUCGAUUCCAAAAGUGGCACGCAUGGUGAAGAUGGACUCGUCAUAACCUACGAAGAGCAAGAAUGGAUUGAUGGUGUGGAAUGGGAGGACGAAGCAACCAAAACCCGCUUCAUGUCUUCAUGCAAAAAAGAGGUAUAA